AUGAACUGGGCUGUGCUUAGGGUGGAUCUGGUUAAAGGUUUCAAUUCCUUUCUGGAAGGCAGUUUCUUUCCCAUAGGUCUCAACUCCACCAACCUAGUUCUGAUCCCCAAAGUUUCUCACCCUACUUCAAUGAUGGAUUUUUGUCCAAUUGCACUCUGCAAUGUGGCUUAUAAGAUUUUUUCAAAAGCCCUUUCCAAUCGACAGAAACCUUUUCUUCCACUUCUUAUUAGCGAAUCCCAGAGCGCUUUCGUCCCUAACCGCCUAAUUCAUGAUAACAUUGUGAUUGCUCAUGACCUUUUACAUGUUCUCAAAUCGAAAAAACAUGGGGAUUCUUGUUCUAUGGCGGUUAAAUUGGAUAUGGCAAAGGCUUAUGGUAGGCUCACUAGUAAUCUCCUCAACUUCUGGUGGAGUGGUGAAGCAAAAUCUAAUAAGAUUAAAUGGAUCAGUUGUGACACCCUUUGUAAAUCUAAGAAUGAAGGUGGACUUGGUUUCAAGAAUGUUGAGGCCUUCAAUUUGGCCCUUUUAGCAAAACUUACAUGGCGAAUGGAAACCGGAGAUGACACUUUACGCUUUAAAUCCUUCAAAUCGAAAUACUUUAAAAAUUGUAACUUUGUUGAUGCUCCUCACAAAUCCGGUGCUUCUUGGGUCUGGAAGAGCAUUCUUUCGGCAAGAGAGAUUAUUCAAAAAGGUAUGCGAUGGCAUAUUGGGGACGGAUCCAAGGUCAAUUGUUGGAAGGACAACUGGCUUCCUGCCACUUCAAACUUCUCUGUUACUUCAAAGAAUUUGGCUGCCACUUUUUCUUCUGUUGCAGACCUUAUUAAUCAUUCCUCUUACAAAUGGAAGUCCGAUUUAGUUUCUCAAUAUUUUAAUCUUCGGGAUCAGUCUUUUAUUUUACAAAUUCCCCUUAGUUCAAUCGGGGAGGCUAAUUGCAAGAUUUGGGGUCCCUCCAAGGAUGGCAAGUUUUCGGUUAAAAGUGCCUACUAUAUUACAUUAUCUGUUUUUUUUCCCAAGCCUCGGUUUGUUCCUCUUGAUGGUUGUAGUUUUGAUCCCGUUCGUAGUGGUUUGUGGAAUCAGGUGUGGAAAAUUCGUGCUCAUCAGAAAAUCAAACUUUUCCUCUGGCAGUGUAAUUAUGAGCGCAUUCCGGUGAAUAAUCUGUUUUUCUUACGUGGCGUUUUUGACAGGUCUUGUUGCCUAUUUUGUGAAUUGGAGGUUGAGACGGUUGAUCACCUUCUAUGCACCUGUCCCUUUGCUUGCAUGGUUUGGAAACUUAGCCCGGUUAGACUGGAUUUCAAUGCUGAUUUUUCUUCUUUUUGGCCUAAAAGAAAUGAUCUCAUUUUUAAACAAAAACGUUGGGAUCCCUUUGAUGCUGCUCAAAAAGCUCAUAUUGCUUUUCAAGAGUUUCAAGAGAUUUCUCGGCAAAAUCAACUGUUGUCACCUCCAUCUUCUCCUUCUUUUGUUCUGCCUCAGUUAUGGACGGCGCCGGCAACUGGAUUUUUCAAACUUAACUUUGAUGCGGCCUUCAACUCGGCUCGGAAGACUCGUGGGGGAGGUCUAAUUCUUCGUGAAUCGUUGUUGCUUGUUAAACACUGGGGGUAUAAAGAUAUGAUUGUGGAGGGUGAUUGCAAAUCAGUUCUGAAUUUUCAUGCAUCUGUUGAGGCUUUAAUGGUUAUUUUUAAUGAUUUUAAGUCUCUUCUUAAGGUUUGUGCGGGGUCUUCCCUUGCUUGGGUUCCUCGUCGAGGAAAUGUUGUAGCUCAUGUUUUAAGCAAGAAAACUCUUUUAGCUGAAUGUGGUGAUUUUGAGUGGAGCAUUUGGCCUAAGUGGCUGUUGGAUGCUCUCUUUCCCGAAUGUUCUUCCUGUUCUUUUAAUGGUUAA